GUCUUGAGAUUUUGGUUUUGGUUGAAUUUGUUUUUUUCUGUAUUUGUGUUUGAAUUUUGGGCUGAAUUUGAUUUGGUUGAUUGUUACUAUUUAGAUUUUAUUGUUUUCUUUUCUUCACUGAUUCCAGGUUAUGGUUAAUCAUGUCUGGUGAAAAAAUUGGUAUCAUUUAUCCUCCACCGGAAUUGAGAAAUAUUGUUGAUAAAACUGCGAGUUUUGUUGCUCGGAAUGGACCUGAAUUUGAAUCAAGGAUUCAACAGAAUGAGCAAAAUAAUCCAAAAUUUAAUUUCCUUAAAUCUGGUGAUCCUUAUCAUGCAUAUUAUCAAUAUAAGGUUAAAGAGAUCAAGGAAGGAACCAAAAAUAAUGAAAUAUCAGCUCCACCAAGUGCUGUUUACAAUUCAACGUUACCAUCAUCUCAAGCUCUUACGGUUAAUCGGACUGGAUCACAAUCUCAACAGAACAGAAUAAAUAAGCAAUUGGAACUAUUUGAAACUGCUUUGAUUCCCAAAGAUCCACCACCAGAAUUUGAAUUUAUCGCUGAACCACCGACAAUUUCAGCUCUUGAUUUAGAUAUUGUUAAAUUAACUGCACAAUUUGUCGCAGUUCAUGGACGAUCUUUUCUUACAAACCUAAUGAACCGGGAACAAAGAAAUUUUCAAUUUGACUUUUUAAGACCACAACAUGGGAUGUUUAGUUAUUUUACUCAGCUCAUUGAACAAUAUACAAAAAUCCUGAUGCCAGCGAAAAAUUUAAUAACCGAUUUAAAGAAAGAAGUUAACUCACGUAAGUCAAUCAUAGAUAAAGUCAAAUAUCGAUUAGAAUGGACCAAAAUUCAGGAGGCAGAGAAAAGAAAAGAACAAGAAGAAGCGGAAAAGGAGAGAAUCCAAUAUUCUCAAAUUGAUUGGCACGAUUUUGUUAUUGUGGAAACUGUUGACUAUCAAUCCCAUGAACAAGGUCUUUUCCCACCACCAACAACACCGGAAAGUGUUGGUUCACGAUUAUUAUUACAACAACGUAUUGAAGAGCAAGGACAGGAAACUGUUGAGAUGGACGUUGAUUCAGAUGAAGAAUCAGAUGAACUGAAAAGAUCAGAGAAAGCUAAAGAUUCAAUGCCACCUCCAUUACCUCCUUUACCUCCUCAGAUGGAUAAUGUUGUCAUACGAAAAGAUUAUAAUCCGAAAGCUAAAACUCAAUCUGCUCCAGUUACAGCUCCAAGUAAAACAGCUGAUGCUUGGGUUGUAUCACCAAUUACUGAGAAAAUACCAGCGGAAAAAUUGCAAGAGCAUAUGCGUUAUGGUCUAUUAGAUCCUCGGUGGGUUGAACAGCGAGAGCGAUCAAUUCAAGAGAAGAUGCAACAAGAGGAAGUUUAUGCCUCAGGUUCGGCUAUUGACACGAAUUUGAAAGAAUUGGCUGAACGUCGUAGUGACAUUUUCGGUGAAAACGAUGAAGAAACAGCAAUCGGUAAAAAGAUCGGUGAAGAUGAAAGAAAGAAACCCGAAAAGGUGACCUGGGAUGGUUACACUGCUUCCAUGGAAGCGGCCACUCGCGCUGCUCGGGCCAACAUUUCAAUCAAAGAUCAAAUUCAACAAAUUCAUCGAAUCAAAGGUUUUCUUCCUGAUGAGGAUAAAGAAAGAAUCGGACCAGCUUUACCCUCUACAUCACAAUCUAAUCAAGGACCAACACCCAUGCAACUUUCAAUGGGUCAAAGUAUGAACCAAGGUCAAUUACCUCAAUCACAGGUAAUACCAGGUAGACACCAUCAUCAUCUUCAACAGCAACAACAUCAACAUCAAAAAAUGGAUCAACAUCAACCUCCACCACAAAUUUCCCAACAACAAAUGGUCAACAUAGUUAAUCAAAUGACCGGUGGAGCUCGAGGUCAACCUCACCCUCAUGUUCACCCAUCAGCCCAACAACCUCAUCCCGCUCUUAAUCCACAAGGAGCCUCACAAUUUGUCCUACCACCAGGAGCAUCUCCCAAUGGUCCACCCUUCAUGAUACCAACACCCCAAAUGAUGAUGGGAAUGUAUGGUAUUGCACAAUUACCGACAAUGCCACCUCCACCAGCCGAGGAUCCAAAUUUAAUCAACAUGAAUAUCUCACAAGAUGAUGAACCACCUUAUAAAAAGUCACGUGAAGAUAGUCUUGUUCCCGAAGAUGAAUUUAUCCGUCGUUUCAAUGGUCCAGUAACUUUCCUAGUUAAAGUUCCUGAGGUAACCGAUAAACCUGAAUGGAAUCUACAAGGUCAAACAUUAAAUUUAACCCUUCCUCUUACCGAUAUGGUCUCUGUGAUUAAGGCCAAAAUUCACGAAUCUAUUGGAUUACCGCCUGGUAAACAAAAGUUACAAUAUGGUAGUACGUUUAUUAAAGAUUCAAAUACAUUAGCUUUUUGUAAUAUUGGCACGGGUUCCACUUUAACGCUUGGUCUUAAAGAGAGAGGUGGUCGUAAAAAAUAAUUUAUUAACUCAAGUCAAUUUAAUUAACAUUCAUACAAACUCAACUUUUAACAUCAAAUCAGCUACAAUUGCUUCAAACCUUUACUCUUUUUGCCAUAAACAAAAGUCAAUCAUCAUCAUCACUAUCAACAUGUCAACAUGUCAACAAUCAUUAUUCACCAUUCGAACUGCUUUUGAUGUUAAACUUGUACUUUCCAAAAUUAAACCAUGGAAUCUUGAUUUUUUCGAUAAA